AUGUCGUCCACGCAGAGCAAAAUACGAGGUCCAGGUCGACCACCAAAAUCAAAGAACUCUUGUACAUGGUGCGGAGAGACAAAACAACCAUUGAAAUAUGUUCUUCCUACUCAACACGGCAAGAAGGAAUUCUGUUCGGAAACGUGUCUGUCUGAAUCUCGUAAGACUUAUGCACGAGGUGCAUGUGUACAAUGUGACAAUGUGAUUAGAAGUACACCUGUUAGAUUAGAACAGAAGGAUGGUUCAACAAAAGAUUUUUGCUCUUCAUUCUGUUUAAAUGCAUAUCAAAAAAAGGAGAGCCAAGCUGACACAAAGAAAAGUAAUAGGGAUCUGGCAUCACCUGCACAAUCUCCUGCUCCAUCCGGAUUACCAAGUAGCAGUAAUGUACCAUCAACUACACAGUCUUAUACAAAUACGAAUAAUCACACAACCAUAUCUCAUUCACCAUCAACAUCUACUGGACCAUUUCAAUAUGAAACCUAUCAGACUUUUGAUUGGGAUCUUUACUUAAGAGAAACAAAGAGUACAGCAGCUCCAGUUGAAUGUUUCAAACAGCAUGAGGUUCCGCCAACAAACGAAUUUAAAAUCAAUAUGAAAUUAGAAGCAUUAGAUCCACGAAACUUAACAUCAACUUGUAUUGCCACUGUAGUGGGCGUUCUUGGACCUCGGUUGAGAUUAAGAUUAGACGGUUCUGAUAAUAAAAAUGAUUUCUGGCGAUUGGUUGACAGUAACGAAAUACAUCCGAUAGGUCAUUGUGAGAAAUCUGGUGGGAUGCUUCAACCUCCGUUAGGCUUCCGGAUGAAUGCUUCCAGCUGGCCAAUGUUCCUUCUAAAAACUUUGAACGGUGCCGAAAUGGCACCAGCAAAAGUAUUCAAACGCGAACCAAAGACACCACGUUCUAAUAUGUUCGAAGUCGGACAUAAGUUAGAAGCUAUUGAUAAAAAAAAUCCUCAACUUAUAUGCACCGCAACUGUCGGUGCAGUUAAGGAUGAUAUGAUACAUAUUACAUUCGAUGGUUGGCGCGGUGCUUUUGAUUAUUGGUGUCGUUACGAUUCCCGAGAUAUUUUCCCUGCAGGUUGGUGCUUUAAAAGCGGACACCCGUUGCAACCACCAAGGCAAAAAUCAACAGGUCCUAACAGAUUUAAAUCCAGAGCUAGUAAUGUUUUGUUAGUAAUGGCAGUUUCUGGAAAUAAUACUAGCAGAGAACCAGCAGUCGCAUUAGUGAGCCCUGCAGGUUCCAGCGCACCACCACAGCCAGCUACAGAACCUGAUACUAGUACAGCCAAUAUAAAACCACAUGCACUUGAAAAUGUUACAAUUUAUGUCAAUCAUAACUGUUCCUGUGGACCAUAUUUUGAUCCUCGAAAAGUGAAAGCCAUGCCAGCACAAUUUGGUAUUGGUCCUAUACUAAAUGUUGCAAGAGAAAUCUUUCAAGCAUUUUUAAUGGCAGCCAUGAGUCCUAGACAAAUGUUGAGCUUGUUGAAACGUGGUGAAGGUGAAACCAUAAACUUGACUCUGGAAAGUAAACCUGCCUCUGUUAGAUUACCGAUUUUUCUGGAAGAAGAAGAUUUUUAUAUGUAUAUUAGGCGGCAACUCGAAAAUCUAUGUGCAUGUGAACACAUGUUAGUAAGAAGAAAAGAGGCUUGCAACAAAUGUCCUAGUACGCAACAACCACAAUCUAUUAACAGUGAUGAAACAAAUAACAUAGUAGCAGAAAAAAGAAGAUGGUCAUCACAAAAUCAACAAAACUUAACAUCUACUACACAACAACAGCAGAGCACUGUACAAAGUAUAAAUAAUUCAACAGUAUCAUCUCCUACACUUGCAAAACAAUCUCGCAAGUCUGUUCCUGAACUUGAAGCAGCAACAUCUACUACUCAAUCUGAAUCUUCUGCAAAUCGCAUUCCUUCCACUGAACCAGCAGAAUGGACCAUUGAAGAUGUAAUACAUUAUAUUGCCAUUACAGAUCCAGCACUAGGACAACACGCAGAUUUGUUUAGGAAACACGAAAUUGAUGGCAAAGCUUUACUUCUUCUUAAUAGUGAUAUGAUGAUGAAGUAUAUGGGGCUAAAACUUGGGCCAGCACUUAAGAUUUGUAAUUUGGUAAACCGUAUUAAAGGUAGAAGACAUAUGCUUAUGUGAUUUUCUCACAUAUGAAUAUUUGUAUAAAAUAAUCUGAAUUGAUACAUUUCUCAAUGGCUGAAUUAGAUUAUGUUUUCAAUAAUGGAAACAAAUUAAAAUACAUAGGUUGUUACAAAUAAUGUGAAUAUACAUUGACAAUGGUUUAUUUUCGGAAUUUUCAUAUAUUGACAAUUUUAGGGCUUAAUUAAGAUAAAUUCAAAAUUGAACUUUUGGAUUCUUGUCAGAAGUUCUGUUGUUUCAUUAUUUCAGAAAAGUAUAAAUUUGUAUUAAUUAGUUGUAAUGCAAAUAUUUUUGUUAUUAAAUUUACCAUUGCCCUAUGAGUAUUAUAUAUAGAUUAGCCUAAUUCAAUUCCAUGUACGUAGAUAAGCAGUUAUCAACAUAUUGAAGUUGGUAUACUUACAUAUAUAUGAUCAGAAAAAAUAAUAUUUCCUACACUUUGUAAAUAGUUUCACAUGUCUUAUCUUAUUUUACAAUUUUUUAAAUCAUAUAUUUUAAAUACAUAUAUAUUGUAAACAAAUUUUUCUUCUGAUACUGAUACAAAAUUGUUCAUGAUAUUAUGAAAGAUUAAAAAGUUUUUCUAAUAU